AUGGACAAAUUAUCAACAACUUUCAUCAAGUGUGCCGGAAGCUUCCUAGCGAUACGACGUUCCAGCUACACUUUCGCUUACUCGGAGGAAAAGGAGGUAUGCUACAGCUUCGGAUCACUUCUGCGCUCGUUUCGUGUGAAUAAAAGUACCAAUCAGCUGAUGUGUCGUGACCUCAAUGGUCGUCGUCUAGCUUCCAUCGAUGAAGAGCAGAAGUUGAAGAAAUGGAUUGAAAGAGCUGCAGAGCGUGAAAAGGAGAAAAUAGCGAAGAGGAAUGCGAAGUAUGAAAAGCUCAAGUCUGGCCCGCCUAAACACAUGUUCAAUGAUCCCGAUUAUAUUCGCCAAAAGGAAACUAUCAUAGAAAAAACCGAGGAAGCCUUUGAACAAGGUUUUGUUGAGUUUUUGAAAGAAGAGCAGGAGAAGAAGAACAAACCCGUCGUUGAGUCUUCUUCGGAUUCGGAUUUUGAUAUUGACGAUUUGCCCGGUAGUUUGAGGAAUGAGAAGAAGAUGAUGAUUCUGAUUCCGAUUCUGAAGAAAAUGACGUUGAUCCUGAGUUGUUGA